UACGGUGCUUUACACUGUAUGAGACAGCCAUGGCAAUACAGAACCACCACUAUAAACUCAACAUCAACAUGUUGGUGCUUUUCGCCGUGGCGGUAUCGUUGUCACUUGCGUCCGCAUCUGCGGACCGUGUGCCGCGCACCUGUGGCACGUGUGAACCCAGCCUGUGCGACCCUCUACCAAAGGAGGGCUGCAAGUCUGGCACAAUUUUUGACUUCUGCGGUUGUUGUUCACUUUGCGCGUAUGGAGCCGGGGAACCAUGUGGGGGGCGCGGAGUCACAGCCAAGCGUUGCGCCUCUGGACUGGAGUGCGUAAAGAGCGAAAAGGACAAAAAGACAAAGCUCGGCGUUUGCGCCUGCAAAACCAACUACGAAGUGUGUGGCUCCGAUGGGGUGACUUAUAAAACUGGUUGCGACUUGAAAGUUGCCAGCCUGAAAGCGGUGAGCGAGGAGAAGCCUGAAAUCAAGAUUUUGAAUAAAGGAAAAUGCUCAACAGCACCUGUCAUUGUGACAGCCCCUGGUGAGGUCUACAAUGUCACAGGCUCCCAGGUCUACCUGAGCUGCGAGGCCAUUGGAAUCCCCACCCCUGUGAUCACCUGGAAGAAGGUACCAGGAGGUCUAACGGUCACCAGCGGAAAACAGAGAAUGGAGCUGCUUCCAGGAGACAGAGACAACCUAGCCAUUCAGACCCGUGGAGGACCUGAGAAACAUGAGGUCACCGGCUGGGUCCUGAUCUCGCCGCUCACCAAGGAAGAGGCGGGUUCGUACGAGUGUCACGCUGUCAACGCCAAGGGAGAAGCCUCAGCGGUGGGCACCAUUCACGUGGUGGAGUCCAUCGAUGACAUCCCUGUCAAGAAAGUGACCAAGGAUGAUGAGCUUUAAGGCAUCUCAGCACAGUAGGGACUCCUGGAAGGAGUCACGAGAGGAGGGAGCAGCCCCAAGCCCCCCCACCCCCAACUAUCCCACCGCUGACACAAGUAGACCUGUACACUGACUGAGAAAGAGGACCAAUACUCACUAUUAGCAUCAAUCAUAUUUAUACUUGAUUUGUUAUUUGAUAACAAGUCAUAGUUUUUAUAGUUAUACUCAGUAUACUGUGUAUGCACAAGCAUCAACGUUGCAUCUCACAACAUUGAAAGUUACCAUCGUAGACAUCCACAACACACAUCUAGGCCUCUCAAACACAUUUUUCUUGUCAGUGGCAUCACACACAAGUCAUUAUUUAAAAUGUGCAAGUUACUGCCAAAAUAAUUUAAACACUUGAGUAAUUGAGGGAUACAAAGUAUAUUGAAAGCAGGUAUUAUUCCUGGCAUAAUUAAGCAUUUAUAACAUCCCAUCAUGCUUAGGGUCAUGUAUAAAAAUGCUGGGCAUUCCAUUAUUUUGGCUACCUUGGCUAUGCCCYCAUAGGAUGACAAUGCCUGCAUCCACAGGGCACGAGUGGUCACAAUGGUUUGAUGAGCCUGAAAACCAUAUGCAUGGCUUUCUCAGUCACCAGAUCUCAACCCAAUUGAACACGGGGARAUUCUSGAGUGGCGCUUGAGACAGCGCUUUCCACCACCAUCAGCAAAACACCAAAUGAUGGAAUUUCUCAUGGAAGAAUGGUGUCGCAUCACUCCAAAAGAGUUCCAGACACUUGUAUA